AGCUGAUCGGCGGGUGGGCGGGGCUUCCAGAGAGGCCUCCGAGUAGGCCUCCCUGAAGCCUGAACUCGAGUAGGCCCCAAGCAAGGAAGGAGGAAGCAGGCAGCAGACCCUCUGCCCAGACCAGGCCAUCCAGAACAGCUAUUGCUAGGUGCAGAAUGACUGUGCAGCACUGUGAUGCAGGCUUGAUUUCCAGUGACUUCAAUGAAAGCACGCAGCCACCAAACACCUCUGAAGAUGAUGUACAAACAUGUUGCAACAGGCACUGCCUUAGAAGAGGAAUGCCUCCUGUGCAAAAGGAGUCCUAUGAUGGGAUGUGUCACCCACUGUUUCUAAUCACUGCUGUCUGCCUGUACAAGCAGCCACACCAGACCCAGAGCACUGGCCACCUGUGGCCAGCCAGCAGCCACCCCACCCCCAGAUUUUCCAAAGCUUUGAGGCUGAAGAAGAAAGACUGGCCAGACCCACAGAAGUGGACUACUAGACCCAACAUUGGAGAAGAUCGAGACUGAGUGACUGGGAAUAAGGGCUCCUGUCAAGAUUUCUCGAAUGUGUUUAUUGGAUGUGUGUAUAGUGGUGUGGAAACUUUGGGCAAGGAGCUUUUCAUGUAUUUUGGACAGAAAACCUUAAGGGUCCACUUUGGCAUGAAUGGUUCUUUGCGUAUAAAUCCAGAUGCAAACCACAACAGAAGCAGAACACCGGCAGUCCUGGAAAUACAACUUACUGUUGAUUUGAUUUGUUUCUAUGAUGCAGCUGUAGAGCUCAGGAAUGCUGCUGAAAGUGAGCAGAAAAUUAGAAUGCUGAGAGACUUGGAUGUAUGCUCUCCUAAAUUUAGUUUCUUAAGAGCGGAAACUGAGAUUAAGAAGCAGAACAGCCGUAUGUUAUGUGAUGUGUUGCUUGAUCAAGCAGUGCUACCUGGAGUGGGAAACAUCAUAAAGAAUGAAGCACUUUUUGACAGUGGUCUCCAUCCAGUUGUUAAAGCUUGCCAGUUAACAGAUGAGCAAGUGCAUCACCUGGUGAAAAUGAUUCGGGAUUUCACAUUACUCUUUUAUAAGUGUCGCAAGACAGGAUCAGCACUAUACAAGCAUUUCAAGGUGUACAAACGCCCCAGCUGUGGUCAGUGUAGAGCAAAGAUCACAGUGUGUCGUUUAGGGGAGAAUAACAGAAUGACAUACUUCUGUUCGCAGUGUCAAAAGGACGAGCCUCAGCUUGUGGAUCCUGGCAAACUGCCAAAAAGAAAUAGUUUAAUUGGCUGGGCAUACGGCAGGGGGUCAUGUCCAAAUGAGCAAAUUGCUCUGAAAUUGGAAGAGAAGUGGACCUGUACACUGUGCACACUAAUAAACCAGCCUUCUGUCAAACUCUGUGAUGCAUGCUUGACUCCAAGGCCUGAAGUUGAAAAAACACAGAAUGAUGAAGCUGUAACAACCUAUAACAGCAAUUUAAUCAAGUACCCAUGUAACAACUUUGGAAAGCCAAGCACGGAAAUUAAGAUCAACAGGAAAACUGCAUUUGGGACAACAACUUUGGUUAUGACAGAUUUUGCUAGUAAAAAGACUCCUUUAAAACCUAAUGGAAGCAAAAGUCUAACUCCAGAUGGAAGCUCUCUGCAUGGUUCUUCAACAAAUGAUUAUAACCGUACCUACCACUAUGAAGUAAAUACACCAGUGCUCUUUCCCUAUCAAUAUAAUUCUUUAAAGCCAGCACAGAAGAAACAGAAGAUUGAUUACUCAUCAUCAUCUGUUGGGACUAUCACUGAGAAUUUAACAAGCAGAGCUCCUCCAGUUAAUAUGACAGAUGGUUCUUGUACAUUAAGCACUGCCAGUCCUCGCUGCAGUAAACACAGCCGCUUCUGCACUCUCCGCAUUGUGAGGAAGGACGGAGAAAACAAGAGCAGACAAUUUUAUGCUUGUCCUUUACCUAGAGAAACCCAGUGUGACUAUUUCCAAUGGGCAGACCUGCAUUUUCCCUUCUGCAAUCAUGGGAAGCGCUGCAUCAUGAGGACAGUGUUGAAGAUUGGCCCUAAUAAUGGAAAGAAUUUCUUUGUGUGCCCUCUUGGGAAGGAUAAACAGUGUGACUUCUUUCAGUGGGCAGAAAAUGGUCCAGGAAUGAAGAUUAUCCCAGGAUGCUGAGCUAUUCAUCUUGAAUACACCAUCUGACAUUAAUCUCCUCAAACUGUGUAUACUACACUACUCUUCUCUGGGAGACAUUUUAAGAGGGUCAUGAUCAAGUGACAUUUUGUGAUUGCAAAUCCAUCUAGAUUAUAUAUCUGAGCAUUCUUUCUUCUGUCUCUUCUUCUGUUUGCUAUUUUUCUUCAUGCUUUGUUACGUUUCAUCGAACAUCAGAAACUCUUAGAUGGUUAAGUUAACACACAUGCCCUUCAGACAGGCAUAUUAUUUGUUGGCUUCUCUAACUGGCAAAAAACUAAAUACUUUAGAAAUAAUUGUUGUGGGGGGCAACACUUGGUUGUCUCUAGCAAAGUACUGCUAUCUGUCAGUCAAAUGUAUUUUUAGAUGGAGUUGACUCCAUGUUGUUUGUCCUUCAGCAUUUUUCCCACAGUCUUAUGUUAUGUUUUCCAUAAAAGUUUUCUCCAUGCAUUUCAGAUUAAUGGAUUUUAAUAAUUUUGUAAUUGGCUAUGAAAUAUUAAUAUAUUUAAUAAAAUGUUGCUAGCAA